UCGUCUGCAAAUCUCUAUUCUGCAUCUAACCGACUGAAUAGGAUUCCUCACCACAGACCAGCGCAGGAGAACUGACCGGUCAGCACCGCUGGAACGCAACAACUCGCAAAAUGGGCAACGUCCAACCAACCAUUGUGGCGUAUCCAGACUUCGAUGUGCUGGCUGACAUUAAAGCAAUCAGGAAAGCCUGCAAAGGACUGGGGACGGAUGAGGAAGCCAUCAUCAACAUCCUGGCAAACCGGUCUUGUCCACAGCGUCUGGAAAUAAAGCAGGCGUACUUCGACAAGUAUGAUGAUGAGCUGGUGGAAGUGUUGAAGAAGGAGCUGUCUGACAGCUUUGAGAAGGUGGUUAUCGCUCUCCUAGAUUCACCCACCGUCUUCGAUGCCAAGGAGCUGAGGAAGGCGAUGAAGGGAGCCGGAACCGACGAGGACAUCCUGGUGGAGAUUCUUUGCAGCAGGAGCAAUAAGGAAAUCUGCGCUGUGAAGCAGGCUUAUAAUGAACUGUUUGAGCGCGACCUGGAAGAAGACAUCGCGGGGGACACCAGCGGGGAUGUGAGGAACCUGCUGCUGGCUCUACUGCAGGCUGAAAGAGACGAAGGCUUUGAAGUGGAUGAGGAGCAGGCAGAAGCUGAUGCCACGGAGCUCUUUGAGGCUGGAGAGGGGCGAUUUGGCACUGAUGAAUCUGUGUUUACCACUAUUCUGGUCAAAAGGAACUACAUGCAGUUGCAGGCCACUUUUAAAAUCUAUGAGCAGCUUGCAGAUUCGGAUAUCAAGGAUGCCAUUAAAAACGAGACCUCGGGCACUCUGCAGAAAUGCUACAUUACAAUUGUGAGGUGUGCAAAGAACCUGCAGCUGUACUUUGCGAGGCGCUUGCAGCACGGUAUGAAAGGCAUUGGAACGGAUGAGGACACGCUGAUCAGGAUCAUCGUGGGGCGCGCUGAGAUCGAUCUGGAGACGAUAAAGGACAUGUAUUCCGAGAAAUACGACGUGCCCCUGAAGGAGGCAGUGAGCUCGGAGUGUGGAGGGGAUUUCAAACGCAUGCUUCUGGCAAUCCUGCACUGAUCUGCCUAGGCUGGAGGAGAGCCCACCCUGCCACAGAAGCAGCUGUCCUGCGUGGCAUCUAGAGCAGUAUUCUUGUGUUAUCAAGUCCUCUACAGUGUUUCUAGGGCAUGUAACCAAUUUUGAUAUGCCGUUCUAUCUGCCUCACUCUAGUUUACCAAGUGCACACACGGGGAGGGCUUUCUGAAUGCAGGAUAGCAUUGGAGGACUAAUGCUUCAGGGGCUCUCAUCCCGUAGGAUUUUAUUAAUUACUAAAAUAUAUUAUAAAAAAAUAUUAACAGAAUACAUAUUAAUAUAGAAGUAUUAGAACUUUUGUAGACUCAUCUUUACACAUCGCUUUUAUAUUCUUGAUGGCUUUUUAAUUCAUUAAGCAAUGCUAGUAAUUGUAGUACAAUUAAAUUCUAACGUAACUUCAGAAACCCUCUACCCCUAAUUAUGAUGUAACAAUCGAUUGUUGACCUCAGAACUCUCUUCAGCCUAUCAGGGAGCUGCAUGGUGGGAUACUACCUCAGUGUAGAUACCUAAUAGAACAUUCACAUUGAAUAUUCUACUCAAGGAAUCACUAACAGAUGUUCAAGCACACCGGACUCACUGAACAGGAAGCAUUAAGGCACAGUGUCUCCACUGCUCUCUCAGCUGGAAACCUCCCAUCUCUCCCACAUGCCUCUGCUUAUGAGGGCAGUACAGCACAGGCUGUGGUUGUGAUCCUGUUGUCACUGUGUUUACGAGCAACACAGCUGCCUUUCUGUUUGUGUGCAAGUCUUUGAGGUCAAAAGCUUAUUCAAUUAGUUAGUGUUUAGACAACAUGUGCAAGAGCUACAGCCCAGCGUCUAAAUGGAGGACUACAUGAUGGAAGGACCAAAUCAAAAUGGGUAAAACCUCCAAAGAUGUCCCUAUAUAUUAAUCAAUAAAAACAUUUGCAAACAA